UCCCGGUAUCGCGCUGCGGUCAGGGUGCGGCGUCUCCUCGUUCCAUCGCUCCUGACUGGGAAAAGUGAUUUCUGUCCUUGUUUUUGCGCCCCCCCCCGGUUCCCGAAAGGAGAUGAAUUUCGUGCUCAGUGUUUCGCAUAUCACGUUCCGUCGGCAAUUUUGUUCUAUUUUUUUAAAAAAAUUCAAACUUUGACAUGUGCCGUGUACUGUCGCUUGUUGUUCACUCCACUCUGAUGGUGGCCAGGAGGGGAACAAAAGGCAUGAUGAUUCAGGCUUUUGUGCGCAGGUGUGGUUUGUAGAUUCUGCUUGAAGCCAAUUUCCUUUUUUUUUUAAAAAAGUAGCUCCCCAGUUUAAUAGAUUGACCUCUUAAAUCCCCAUCGCUUUCACCUGACCAUAAAAGUAGUCUGGUUUCAUUGAUUAUACCGAGCUUUCGUAAUCCGUUCAUGAGGAAAAAUCUGCUUCGACUUACUCAGAUGCCACCAUUACAAGUCCUCUCUGGCCUCUACCUGAAGCUGCUAGACUCAAACUCAAGUGUAGCGUUCCUGGUCCGUGCAGCCCCCCUUUGCACCUGUGCUUGUUGUAUGGUGGGCAGAUGGGGACUUUCCAUGGGACACCAGUCUGAUGAAGGGCAAUUUCAUUUUUAUUUUUUUAAAGAUCCUCCACGGUACCUUUUGCCAGGUUGGUUCUAGAGCAUGCAUACAUGCAUGGUGACCAUCUUAGCGGGUGCAUGUGCCUAUUCACAGCUGUUUGGGUUAGGAGACAUGCAAAUAGUUUAGUUUUAGAUGUUUAUCUGAUGCAAUGAUAUUAGAUCUUUUGUGACGGUUAAUUCUGGGAAAUUGAUUGAAUGAAAAAAUUUCCUGACAAAAAUAUGUAACUAGCACUGAUAAUUGCGCUUCUUGAUUGAUUGUGUGUGCAAGCUCCAUUCGUCACUGGAUAUUACAUAAUUUCCUUACAAGUUUGACUUCUUCUAGCUAUGUCCAUUAAUUAUUGCCAUCUUCACAUGCACGACAAACUUAUCUUCAAGAAAUGAAUAAAUAUACCAUUCCAGAGAACAAAAAUAGGUGUAUCAUUCCUGGCCUUUCUUGAAAACUACAGCUGACAUCAGAAUGUUGAAUGUACUAGAUUAUGGCUACUGUGAUCCCCACUUGGUCCCUCCUCACCCGAUGCCUGCAUGUGUCCAUCUAUUUGUAAGCUGGGGGCCAUGUUACGUGGAUCACAAACAAAUUAUUUUUUAUACUGAAUUGACUAGUCUAGUUUAUCACUCAAUUAUUGGAUGGAUGGUUGACAAUAACUGAAGAGCUUCUGAUACUGCAAGUUUCAGCUGGAACCCUGAACUUCUGAUUCCUGUGGGGACAGAACAAAUUUGCUGUCACUUUUCUAGUUUAUUUGAAUUCAUUGAAUUAAGUUCUCACUCUUACCUAACAAGGGAGAGGCAGCUGCCACAUCUCUUGUGCCGUGGUAUGUGAUAACCAAAUCAUAGGCAUGCCUGUAAGCCUGUUCCAUGAUGGAGUUUCCCAUCUAAUAUUCGGACCUGAGAGGUUUGAUUAAUUUCAUCUUCAACAGUCCAUGAAAAACACGUGAGAUAUGCAGUCUAUGUCAAACUAGAUGUUUGUCUAACUGAUUUAUGCAUGUCAGCUAAAUGUGUACUCCCUCUGUUUUUUUCAAUAUAUGACGUUUAGGACAAGCUCAAAAAUAAAUUAAUUAGCUUAAAAACAGAGGGAGUACAAUAAGCACCAAAUAGUCAAAAUUCAUUAGUCUAUAGCUGUCACAUCAUUCAUAGUGCUUUUGUUCAUUCGCACAUCAAAGGCUUCAAUGAGAUACUGUCAUACCAUCAUAGAUUUUUUUUCCCCUUUGCUUCCUCAAUUCCACCUUAGGUUGCUGAUGCUAAUCAGUUUUCUGGUCCUGGGCUUUCUGAAAAAAUCAUUGCUGACUGAUGAGCUGAUAAAAUCAUAAUUGAUGAAGGAUAUGUUAGUUCCCAUCUUUUUGCUAACCAAUCAAUGUUCUGGUCCCUGCAUUUUGGAGGUUGAGAUGACGAGUCCUUUUCAUGACCCUCUGUAAUAUAUGCAAACGGUACCUCUCUAUAGGUCUACUAAGCGGAAUUUCUUAUUUUUGGUGAGAAUGAAGCGCAUGCACAGAAUGCCAACGAAGAAGUCCCAUUCGUGGUGGUGGGACAGUCACAUUAGCCCCAAGAACUCUAAAUGGCUAGCUGAGAAUUUGGAAGAGAUGGAUAAGCAAGUUAAAGAGAUGCUGAAGCUCAUAGAGGAUGAAGGUGAUUCUUUUGCAAAGAAGGCUGAGAUGUAUUACCAAAGACGGCCUUUGCUUGUAACCCAUGUCGAGAACUUCUAUCGCAUGUACCGUGCUCUUGCCGAGCGUUAUGACAAUGUGACUGGGGAAUUGCGCAAGAAUCUUCCAUCAUCUCUGCAGUCUCAAGGCUCUGGUAUAUCUGAAACUGAUUCCGAGACGCAAUCAAUUUCCCCAUCUCCAGAGCCUAACAUGGAACAGAAGACACCAAAACAGAAGCGCAAAACAAGAGCAGUUGGCUUUGAUGUGUUCCUUGGUUCUGGUGGAAGCUCAGACAUUUCGAAGAAGGGUAGUGAUGGAUCAUCAUCUUCUUCUUCAGAUUCUGAUUCAGAGGUUGAUGAAGGAAGUGAAGAAAAUGGCAAUGGAAUUUCUUAUAUAAUGAAUGGACGGAUCAAUGAGCUAGAAGAGGAGCUUCAGGAAGCAAGGCAACAAAUUGAGGCACUUGAGGAAAAGAACAUGCACUGCCAAUGUGAAAAACUUGAGGAGAGUCUCAAACAAGUUAGCAGUGAAAAGGAAGAUUUAGUAGCUGCAGUUCUGGCAAACAAGAACAACAUUGAGGGUCUAAAAGGAGACCUAGCAAAAGUUACAGGAGAGAAAUUGCAGCUGGAGGCCCAGGUAAAGGAGCUUGAACAAGCAUCUCAGAGCUUAGAUGAUUCUUCUGCAGAGAUUAUGAAGUUACAAGAAAUAAUCAAGGAUCUGCAAGCAAGAUUGCAAAAUGAUUCAAAUGAGAAAAGUAUACUUGAGGAACGCGCUCUGGAGUUUGAGCAAGUUCAUAAGCAGUUAGAGGAUUCAAGGACUGAGGUCAGGGAGCUACAGGCUACAAUCAAUAACCUGAAAGAUGACUUAGGAAAAAGUCUGCAAGAGAAAGCACUGCUUCAGGACCGUGUGAAGGAUCUAGAACAAGCAAGUUGUGACUUAAAUGCCUCGGUGGCUUCUCUUGAGGGCAAGUUAACCGCCACAGAGGCACAGCUUGAACAACUUCGCGCCGAGAAGGCAGAAGCUUCCCUCAAGAGCGAGGAGCAAAUAUCUGAACUGAAUGAAACCAUCGCUGAUCUUAAGAAGAAGCUUGAUCUGCUGUCCUCAGAGAAAUCUGCAGUUGACAACAAGAUGUCCAUUCUGCUGAUUGAUGUCACUACUCGUGAUGAAAAGCUGAAGGAGAUGGACAGCCACUUGCAUCAGCUGCACCUGGAGCAUGUCAAGCUGCUCGAAGAAGCAGAUGUCGCACGGAAGGCUGUCUCAGACCUGCGUGCAAGGGUGUGCGAGCUCGAGGAAGAGGUUGAAAAGCAGAAGCUUAUGAUAUCCGAUAGCGCAGAGGGGAAGCGGGAAGCGAUCAGGCAGCUGUGCUUCUCGCUUGAUCACUACCGCCAUGGGUAUGAGCAGCUCCGGCAGCUCCUUCAGGGCCACAAGAGGCCAAUGGUGAUGGCAUCUUGAGGGAAUAGCUCGUGGGAUCCUUCGUUCUGGAUGUUCAAAAUUGGUCCGCCGGCGGCUUAUCAUGUAAUUUGAGCGUCUCCUUCCGCACCGUCCCCCUUUUCUGUAUAAUUUGAGUGAAACUUGUUCUCUGCAGUUACUCCAGCAGUUGAGCUACUCGUACACUCUGUGGUGUGUACUGUGUAAUGUAAUGAGUUCUGGAUAAUCAUGGUAUUCCCUUCUCUGUUCGUUCUGUCCGUUGCUCUUUUUCUGAUGGUUGAUCCGAGCUUGUGAAAGUGAAUGCUGCCUGCUAUUUGAGAUAUCGGUGACCAAUGAA